AUGAACACAGAAGAAAGCGUGCACACCCUCCCAGACGGUCUUGAGCUGUAUGCCAAAACCUGGAAGACCAGCGGGUCCCCACUUGCUGUUUUGGCCUUUAUCCAUGGCUUCAGUGAUCACUGCAACGCCUACCACGAUCUGUUUCCAACACUGGUAUCCGCGGGUAUUGAGGUUAGGUCUUUCGAUCAGCGAGGAUGGGGCCGCAGCGUCAAAGAAACCCGUGACCAGGGCGACACAGGCCCAACCGCCCAAGUCCUUUCAGACAUCCACUCCUUCUUGCAAAGCCUACCAUCCCGCCCUGACUUGCCCCUCUUCCUAAUGGGCCAUAGCAUGGGCGGCGGCCAAGUCCUCAACUACAUUUUCCACCCAGAGUCACCCUACAACAAGGACAAAGCCAGCCGACCCAACUUUAGCGGCGUGCUUCUGUACUCCCCUCUAAUCGCCAUAGAUCCAUCCUCCCGUCCCUCAAAGCUAAUCGUCGGAGCGGGGCGGAUUGUCGCCAAGUUGAUUCCCCAUAAGCAGCGGUAUUCCCCGCUUGAUCCGAACCUGCUGUCUCGUAACAAGGACACAGUCAAGGAGUUCGUGGAUGAUAAGCUAUGCCACGACACGGGGACGUUCGGGGGUUUGGCCGGCAUGUUGGAUCGGGGUAUUUGGUUGGAGGAGAUGUUUGCAGCUGGGGAUGGGGCUUGGGUGAAGAGUGAUCUGCCAUUCUGGUUUGGACACGGAGACGGGGAUCUUGUUACUAGCUAUGUUGCGACGAAGGACUUUUCUAAGAAGUUGACGCAGAAGGGUGGUGAUGUGAAGUUUUGUUCUUAUGAGGGGGCUUAUCAUAAGUUGCAUGCUGAGUUGCCUGAGACGACGGAGAAGUUCUUCGCGGAUGUGAAGGCUUUCGUUCUGGGCAAAGUACCUAAGACGGAGGCGGUGCUCGUUCAGGAUGAGACAGAGGGUGUUCAAAGUGCUGAGGGUGAAGGUAUAGAAACUGCCGUUCAAGGGGAUGUGGAGACCGAGGGUAAAGCAAAGCUGUGA